UCUCACCAGAAAGAAGUAUAGCAACAAUGGCCACCAAAACCGAACCAGAAAUCAUCUUGUACGAUCUGGGUUCCACCAAGAACGUUUGUUUCUCACCUGUCGUCUGGCGGAUCCGUAUGAUGCUCAACUACAAGAAACUCCCUUAUACAACAAUCUUUCUUGAGUUUCCAGACAUUGAGCCUACGCUAAAAGAGCUCGGCAUAGUUCCCGGCCCCUCUGCCGCCGGACGAUACACCGUCCCAGCCAUUCAUCAUGUGCCUACCAACACGUACCUGAUGGACUCUGUUCCCAUCGCCAAUUUCAUUGAGACUACCUACCCAGAGCCCCCAGUGCCGCUUACCUCCGAGCUUGGCUGCGAAAUUGAAGCCAAAGCGCGAUCUGUUGUUGGCACCACGUUUCGUGCAUCCGUCAUGCCUCGCGAGAUGUACAUCCUGUCCCCCCGUGCGCAGGAAUACUUCCGCCGCUCGCGCGAGGCCAUGCUUGGGCAUCCUCUCGAGGACCUGUUAGACCCGGAGAAAGAAGGCCAGGCAUGGAAGGCAGCUGAUAGCGGCACUCGCGCACUGGGUGAGCUGAUGCUGACAAAUAAAGCGGACGGCCCGUUUGUGCUGGGCGCGAAGCCAAGCCUUACUGACUUCUUCGUUGCGGGGAAUCUUCAGACCGCUAGGAUGGUGGGUGAAGAUGUGUUCCAGCGAUUCAUGGAAUACCCGGGCUAUAGUGAGAUUUACGAAGCUUGCCUUCCAUUUAUGCAGAAGCGGGAUUGAGAUAUGUCUAACAAGAUUGGGAAUCUUCAGAUCGUAUGGAUGUUCGUAGAAGUAGGCCAAAACAACAUGAUAGAACGUAUAUACCAGCAUUGCCCUGGCGAAUUGUUCAGCUCACGAAGUGCGCCAUAGCUC